AUGAUAAGCGAAUUCGAGUCAGCUGUCAGCCUCCAUUUUUUGCCUUUAAGACUAGCAACUGCUACAAACUUAGUCCAAUCUGGGGAAUCCCCAUCAUAUGUCAACAUGAUUCUUCUUGAGACUCUAAGGCUAUAUCCACCAGGAGUUAUGUUUACGCGAAUACUUGGGGAAACAACCAAAUUGGGAAACAUAACUUUACCUAGUGGAGUUCAAGUCAACAUACCUACAUUUUUCAUUCAUCGUGACCAAGAAAUAUGGGGAACUGACGCAAACGAAUUCAACCCAGAAAGAUUUAGUGAAGGUGUUGCAAGUUCAACGAAGGGCAAAUUUGCUUAUUUCCCAUUUGGCUAUGGUCCUCGAGUAUGCAUUGGACAAAAUUUUGCUAUAUUAGAAGCUAAAGUCGCACUUACCACAUUUUUACAACAUUUUAGCUUCGAACUUUCUCCGUCUUAUGCCCAUGCUCCUUUUCUUGUUGUGACACUCCAAGCUCAGUAUGGAGCACAAGUAAUAUUACGUAAGUUGUAA